AUGUCUUGCUCAAGAGUUUCCCUCACGCCCUUUGACGAUGAGCCGGACAAACGCAUAGCGGAUGAAGUGCGGAUCAGAUUCGACUAUCGCGACCAACGAAAGAAAAAAGACUUGGAGAAGCUCGCCCAGCUUUCCAGGGAAAUACGUGAUGGCUAUAAGGGUGAAGCAGAAGUAAGCGAAGAGCGCGAUGCUGAAAUCAUGGCCAUGCUGGCGCGAAUUGUCGAGAAUCGCCGCCGCUUAGGGAUGGGCAGCGAAAAAGACCGAGAAAUCUAUGAGUUGUAUCGCUCGCGCGUGGUAGUGCCUUCGAAUGCUGGCAAAUCGAAGGCGAGUGGACAAGGCCAAACUGCCAAUCGAGGCAUGAACGUGAGAACCCCAGCGGCGACACGACGUAGCACUCGUACGGCCCGCCAGAACCGAACUCGGGUUCAGCACUCUGCUGCGGCCGGCGCUGCGAGAAGAGAAAGUGAACGGCGAGGGCCACUUUACGACGACAUAAUGCCUGCGAACGGGUUAGAACAUCUAUCUGCAGUCGACAGAAGACAACUCGGGGACAUGUUGCUGCGACAGAUGAACGAAAUUAACGACAUACGAAAACGCAAGUCUUCGCUGAAAAACUGCCGCGCGCGAUUCGGCAACCGAGUGCCUCUCCGCUAUCGUAACGGAUACUACAUUGCCAUGUGUCCUAUUCACCCGGACGAGGACAUGGACUACAAGUCCGCGCUCGUUCACUACCAGGAAAAGCACCGCGUGGCGGGCAAACGGUACUUGGAGAGGGAAGCAAUGAAAUAUCUCGGCACGAAAAUAACAGGCAGAGAGAGUGAAAUACUGAGAUACAUUGAAGAAACUCAAAUGAUGAAUCAACAGCCCUGUACAAUGCCCAUUGUUCCAGAGGAUGAGGAAACGAUGCAGAUGGUCACUCUCGGCACCUCUGCGAUUCGAGCAGCACUUGCUACUGCGCAGCCUGAAACACAGACCGCAGAUGGUACGAGAGGCAAUGGCAUCACCGCAACCGCAGCUCGGGAGAACGAGAUUGCUGGCAAUAACGUCGCGCCUUUGGCCGAGAUGGCACAUGCUGGCGCCAUGUUGCGCCCGACCGAGGUUCCAACAGAAAAUAUUAGUAGGGAGCUCGCGGCCGGUCCAGAGUCGUGGAACUGGACACCGACGUGGCUCGCGGCCGUUCGAGAAGCGACACCGGAACACCCCGAGACGAAUGAUGUACCCGGGAGCAGUAGCAAUCCUCUCAUGGUGCUCGACAACGAGGAGCGUGGCGACUCGAGAGGCGCCGCCUCUACCGCCGGAGAUCCUCACACGCCCAGUCCCGUUAGGGUGAAGAUGCAGGGUUCGCCAAGCAGCCGACUGCGGGGACUUGGAGUCAGGGGGGUACCGCUCUCGCCGGGAGUUUUCCGAUCGAGGACACCGGCUGGGACCGGGCCGUUCAAUGAUGCGCAAGAAUGUGCCACGCAGGACGAGGAGAAGGAAUAG